CCGGGUCUGGGUUUGACUGACGGGCGUUCGAUCCGGAUCAGAACGUCCCAGGGGAGGACAAAGCGGAGUCCCCGCUUCCCUUCUCCCCCGCCCGCGUCUCUGCUGGCGAGCAGCUGAGAGUGACGAGCGGGAAAUGCCCAAGGGGUGGGGCGAAGGGGACCUCGUACAGCGGCAGAUGUAGCAAUCGGUCCCGCGCCGCUUCACUUCUGCCGGGAAGCCGCGGCGGGGGCCGGGGGCCGGGGGCCGGGCAUGGCGCUGCAGGAGCUGCUGAAGAAGGUGCUGGAGCCCCUGGAAAAGAAGGGGGAGCGGGAGCUGCAGCGGAUGAGCCACAGGCUGCAGGCGUGUCUGCUGAGGGAGGGGGCGAAGCUGAUCGCAGAGGAGCAGCCGCAGGACCUGCACCCCGGAGACCAGGCAGAGGGAUGCGGCAGAGACGCCCCGAAGGGUCGCCGGGCUCCCACGCUGAGCCUCAAAAAGAGGGGCUCCCGGAGAGUCCCUAACCGCAAGGCUGACCGUGCGCUGUGUGGUGUUGUAGCACCCCCAGAACCUGCAGCUGCUGCUGUGCAGAGCGAGACCCUUCCUGCCAGUGCUAGCGCCGGAGCAGCGGAGCCUCCUCCGACGGCGGCUCCGGACUCCACGCAGUUGGAAGUUCUCUCUCCGGACAAAGCCGAGGGGCGCACAGUGGUCCAGCGGAGCCCGGAGGUGUCAGAAAUUUUCCAGUCUCAGCCGCUGGUGGAGGGCAGCCAUGCGGCCUUGAGUUGCUUCAUUGCGGGGUAUUUCCCCCCCGAGCUCACCGUCACCUGGCUCAGGAGGGAGCGAGGAGAGAGAGUGGCUCAGCCUAUCGAAGACUCCAUGGAUUACGCCAUCGUCCCCAAGGAGACCUGUGCCCGGGAUGGGGAGACCUACCAGCAGAGGGUGACGCUGUUCUUCAGCCCCUCGGUGCAGAGAGACCAAGGGGUGGAGUUCCUGUGCCGGGUGGGUCAUGUGGCCCUGCAGACCCCCAUCGAGAGGAGCACUGGGACGCUGGAGGUCAAAGGUGCAGCUACCCCUGACUCCAAGGAAGUUACCCCCGAAUCACAGGAAGUUGCCUCCGCCACCGAGGAAAUUACAUCCAUUUCCAAAGCAGUUCCAGAAGUUACGGCUGUUUCCAGAGACAUUGCCCCCGACGCCAGGGACGCUUCUCCUGUUUCCAGAGAUCUUGCCCCCGACACCAGCGAGGUUACAUCUGUUUCCAUAGAAGUGACCCCUGACUCCGGGGAUGUUACAGCUGUUGCCGGAGACAUUACCCCCGACACCAGGGACAUUACCCCCGACACCAGGGAAAUGAAGCCCAUUUCCGGGGAAGGCAGAGGACACGAGGCUGGUAGAAAUGAGAUACACUUUGUUGACCGGCACCGAGAACAGCUCAUCCAGCGAGUAACUUUGGUUGAGGGCAUCCUGGACAAGCUGCUGGGCAGCGUGCUGGACCACGAGCAGUACCAGACCAUUCUCGCCGAGAGAACCAACCCCAUGAGAAUGCGGAAGCUCUACGAGUUCAUGCUGAGCUGGAACAGGUACUGCAAAGACCAGCUCUACAAGGCACUGGCGGACAAAUGCAAGUUCCUCGUCGCAGACCUGGAAGGGAAAUGAAGGCAACGAACCACCUACCUCUAUCCGCACCCUCACACACGGCUUCCCCUUUACAUCCAGGGUCUGUUCCAGGGAGGGAAACUCAUUUUUGGCUCUUCCCCAUGUUUCCAAAGAUGUCCCAACUGGUUAAGACGAGGGCUGCGUGAAAACUUUCUCUCAAAAUGAUUUUUCAAUGGAAAAUCAGGUUCUCCACAAGAUAAAAAUAUCUGCUUACUGUGGAAAAAAAUUGUUGGAAGAAACUAAGAUAUCUCAGCCAAAAUGUGAAAUAUUUCAAUUUGGGUAUAAUUUAUACAAGUUAUAGUUCACAUGCCUCAUCCUCAUUCUCAUCUCUGGAUCAGGGACCUCAGCUGGACUACAUUUCCCAUGAUGCACCAUGGCCACGACUUCCCAUGAUACAACUGCCACUCACCAAAAGGAGGGACCAUGGUGCAUGUUGGAGCUCAAACUACAGUGGAGAAUGUGGGCAUCAUAGGGCACCCAAAUUUCAACUGUUUGGAACUGUGGCAACAUUUCCAAUCCCAAAUAUUUUGGUUUUAUGUGUUUGGGUUGGUUUGUUUGUUUGUUUGGCUGAAAAGUUGAUUUUGUUUUUUAAAAAAACAUCCCUGGAAAAAUUCUUCAUUUCCCAACAGCAAAGGCACAAACCAAACUGCAGCUUCCUCUCCUGGCCUGGCUUUGCCAGCCACCCGAGCACCAAGCAGGUGCUUUCCACUGAGCAGGAAGGGCUGGAGUGUUCAGCUUCUGGACUGCGCCGAUGAGAGCUGCAAAUUUGGGAGGGGUCUCCAUCUUACUCCAGGCUCUGGGAAGAUAAAGGGCAUCAGCACUGUUCCCUGUAAGCUGAGCGCUUGGGCGGCCAUCCAGGAGAGACUUAAAUGCCACUCAGAUGAUGGGCAGAGCUGGAAGCUACAUGCUAUGUGGAAGCAUGUUUCUACUGGUGAUACACAUGCUGCACAUACCUCGGUGCACAGAACAUUUAUUCUGCACACGGAUGGAAAAUGUUAGAGGGAACCCUGGACAUCAGCCCUGAAUCCCCACAGCUCCUCAUAGAGUUUAAAGCCAGAGUGGACUGGUCUGACAUCCUGUGUAGCCCACACCCUUACGUUUUACCCAGUAGGAUUGCCAGGUGUCCGGAAUUGGCCCGGACAGUCUGAUAUUUGCGGCCUCUGUCCAGUAAAAAAACCAAAAUACCAGACAUGUAAAAUGUCCGGUAUUUUAUGUUUUUCUCAGACGGAAGGCCACUUGGGACAUUCCUCCCCUGCCGCAUCUGGCAGGUGUGUGGGGAGUGGCGAGCGAGGGGAUUUAAAGGCACAGGGCCCUUUUUUGUGUGUGGUUUUUUUUUUGCUCAACAACUUUGAUCCCCUUUGUUUGUUUGUUUUGCUCAACCAAUUUUUUUUUCCUGCCAUGUUUGGUAUUUUUUCUGAAAGUAUCUGGCAACCCUAUCACCCAGGUAUCCCUCUACUGAACCUAAUAGCCUGCAAUUGGCUAACACCUCUUCCAUAAUGGGCAUCCGGUUGGGAUUGGAAGACACCAAGAAAUGGAGGAGCCACCACUUCCCCUAAGCGUGCGUUCUGGAGGCUAAUCAUCUCCCCGAGCGAGAAAAAGUGGUGCCUGCUUUCUAAUGUGAACUUGUCUCAGUUCAGCUCCGCAGCCACCGGUUCUUGUUCUGCUUUUCGCCAGGAGAUAGAGGAGCCACAGCAUGCAGCCUCCCACCCCCACGCUCUCACUUCCAGGACAGAACCCGUUUGUCCUUUGCAUUGGGUUCCAGGCAAGGCAAUUCCACUGCAGCCAGGACAAGGCUGUGCUCCACUUCUCGCCAGACACGCCCACGUCCCCCCACGCUAAACCCCGGCAGCCGCCCAUCUCCAUCUACCUGUGCCAACUCCUUGACACUGUGUCGGGGGAGGGGCCAGCCUCUUCCCCACCCUGCCGAAAGGGGAAAUGGCUGUAAUCCCAGCCGUUAUUAUUUGAAUCAAGAAGCAACUUUUGUACCUUUGUAUUUAUAUUAAAAAAGGCAGAACUGUC